AUGCGGCAGAUGGUUGACCCCCAGGUCGCCAAGUUCGCGCAGAAGAAGAAGGACUGGCUGCGCCAACAGCGCCAGAGAUUUGGCGAGAAGCGCAAGGCUGGCUUCGUCGAGACACAGAAGGCAGACCUGCCCCCGGAGCAUCUGCGCAAGGUGUUCAGAGAUAUCGGCGACGUGUCACAGAAGAAGUUCACUACAGAUAAGCGGAGUUAUCUGGGCGCGCUCAAGUUCAUGCCUCACGCGGUAUUGAAGCUUCUGGAGAACAUGCCCAUGCCCUGGGAGAGCAGGCGAGAUGUCAAGGUCCUGUACCACACCAACGGAUGCUUAACCCUUGUCAACGAAGUACCGCGAGUCAUCGAGCCAGUCUUCCAUGCACAAUGGGCGGCUAUGUGGGUUGCGAUGAGAAAGGAGAAGAGCGACCGCCGCCACUUCAAGCGCAUGCGAUUCCCACCCUUUGACGACGAGGAGCCUCCGCUGUCCUACUCAGAAAACAUUGAGGAUGUCGAACCUCUGGAGCCGAUUCAAUUGGAGCUUGACGAAGAGGAGGAUGACCCAGUCGUUGAAUGGUUCUAUGAGCACCGACCUCUCCUAGAUACCCCACAUGUGAACGGACCGAGCUACGAGACAUGGAACCUCGACCUGCCACAGAUGGCCACACUGUACCGACUGAGCAGGCAGUUGCUCAGCGAUAUCGUGGACAAGAACUACUUCCACAUGUUCGACAUGAACAGCUUCUUGACAGCCAAGGCGCUCAACGUAGCGAUACCUGGAGGUCCCCGCUUCGAGCCCUUGUACAAGGACAUCGACCCCAACGAUGAGGACUUUGGCGAGUUCAACGCUAUCGACCGCAUCAUCUUCCGUGCGCCUAUUCGAACAGAGUACCGCGUCUCAUACCCUUUCCUCUACAACUCCCUCCCCCGUAGUGUCAAGCUGGCUUGGUACUCGUACCCUCAGGUUGUUUACGUCCACGCAGAGGAUCCCAGUCUGCCUGCCUUCUACUUUGACCCUAUCAUUAAUCCCAUCUCAUCACGAGCGGUAGCACCAAAGAACCUCUCUGUGAGCCACGAGGACCUGGUAUUUGGUGAUGGCGACGAAGAUGAUGAGGACGACUUCCAGAUGCCCGAGGACAUGGAGCCAUUUAUGGCUGAUGAGGAGUUGUCCACACCUGAGACCGCCUCAGCGAUCGCUUUGUGGUGGGCGCCCCAUCCUUUCGACAAGCGAUCAGGACGCAUGGUGCGCGCACAAGACGUGCCUCUGGUGAAGCAAUGGUACCUUGAGCACGUUCCCGGCGGUCAGCCGGUCAAGGUCCGAGUGUCGUACCAGAAACUUCUCAAGUCUUUUGUUCUGAACGAGCUUCACAAGAAGGAUCCUCAAGCACAGAGUAAGCAGAAUCUGAUGCGCACGCUGAAGAGUACGAAGUUCUUCCAGCAGACCAAGAUCGACUGGGUCGAAGCAGGUCUGCAGGUCUGCCGACAGGGCUAUAACAUGCUCAACCUCCUCAUUCACCGCAAGAACUUGACCUAUCUGCAUCUUGAUUACAACUUCAAUCUGAAGCCCGUCAAGACGCUCACCACAAAAGAGCGCAAGAAGUCACGUUUCGGAAACGCCUUUCACUUGAUGCGAGAAAUUCUUCGUCUGACCAAGCUCAUCGUCGAUGCGCAGGUCCAGUACAGAUUGGGCAACAUCGACGCUUUCCAGCUUGCGGACGGUAUCCUGUACGCCUUCAACCAUGUCGGUCAACUGACUGGUAUGUACCGAUACAAGUACAAGCUUAUGCACCAGAUCCGUUCUUGCAAGGAUCUGAAGCAUCUCAUUUACUACCGAUUCAACUCUGGGCCGGUUGGUAAGGGUCCUGGAUGCGGUUUCUGGGCUCCUGCCUGGAGGGUGUGGUUGUUCUUCAUGCGCGGUAUUAUCCCUCUUCUGGAGCGUUGGCUCGGAAAUUUGCUCUCACGUCAAUUUGAGGGCCGACACAGCAAGGGUGUUGCGAAGACGGUCACGAAACAGCGUGUAGAGUCCCACUUCGACUUGGAACUCCGUGCCGCUGUCAUGAGUGAUUUGAUGGACAUGAUGCCCGAGGGCAUCAAGCAGAACAAGGUCAAUACAGUCCUGCAGCAUCUUUCGGAAGCAUGGCGCUGCUGGAAGAGUAACAUCCCAUGGAAGGUGCCUGGCCUGCCUGCGCCAAUCGAGAACAUUAUUUUACGAUACGUCAAGAGCAAGGCCGAUUGGUGGAUUUCGGUUGCGCACUACAACCGAGAGCGCAUCCGACGAGGUGCGACUGUCGACAAGACCGUUGCGAAGAAGAACCUGGGUCGUCUGACGCGGUUGUGGCUAAAGGCUGAGCAGGAGCGUCAGCACAACUACAUGAAGGAUGGCCCCUACGUAUCCUCAGAAGAGGCUGUUGCCAUUUACACAACGAUGGUGCACUGGCUAGAGGCGAGGAAGUUCCAGCCAAUUCCGUUUCCGAGUGUUUCGUACAAGCACGACACCAAGAUCCUCAUUCUUGCCUUGGAGCGCCUGCGAGAAGCCUACUCAGUCAAGGGGCGCCUCAAUCAGAGCCAGCGUGAAGAGCUUGCCCUUAUCGAGCAGGCGUACGAUUCACCAGGAACGACACUCGCUCGUAUCAAGCGUUUCUUGCUGACACAGCGCGCGUUCAAAGAAGUCGGUAUUGACAUGAACGACAACUACAGCACCAUCAACCCAGUAUACGACAUUGAGCCUAUGGAGAAGAUCACGGAUGCCUACCUCGACCAGUAUUUGUGGUACCAGGCUGACCAGCGCCACCUGUUCCCCGCCUGGAUCAAGCCUUCCGAUUCUGAGGUACCUCCUCUUCUGACAUACAAGUGGGCUCAGGGUAUCAACAACCUCGAUCAAGUCUGGGAGCACGAAGACGGCCAGUGCAACGUCAUGAUCGAGACACAGCUGUCCAAGGUGUAUGAGAAGAUUGAUCUCACUAUGCUGAAUCGACUGCUCCGUCUCAUCAUGGACCACAACCUGGCUGACUACAUCACCGCCAAGAACAACGUCCAGCUCAACUACAAGGACAUGAACCACGUCAACGCUUAUGGUAUGAUCCGUGGUCUGCAGUUCUCUGGUUUCGUGUUUCAGUUCUACGGACUCGUCCUUGAUAUCCUCCUUCUUGGCCUGCAGCGAGCGAACGAAAUCGCUGGUGCGCCGGAGAGCCCCAACGACUUCCUGCAAUUCAAAGACAAGGAGACUGAGGUCCGUCACCCCAUCCGACUCUACACCAGGUACAUCGAUCGCAUUUGGGUCUUCUUUAGGUUCACAGCCGAUGAAUCGCGUGAUCUGAUUCAGCGGUUCUUGACCGAAAACCCUGAUCCUAACUUCGAAAAUGUGAUUGGAUAUAAGAAUAAGAAAUGCUGGCCUCGCGACUCCAGGAUGCGCCUGAUGCGCCACGAUGUCAACCUCGGCCGCGCUGUAUUCUGGGACAUGAAGAACCGACUGCCACGAUCGGUUACCACUAUCGAGUGGGACGAUACUUUCGCUAGCGUCUACAGUCGCGACAACCCCAAUCUGCUCUUCUCGAUGAGCGGGUUUGAGGUUCGCAUUCUGCCCAAGAUCCGCAACCAGAGCGGCGAAUUUCCCGAGAAGGACAGUGUAUGGUCGCUUAUCGACAACGCAACCAAGGAGCGAACUGCGGUUGCUUUCCUGCAGGUGACGGAGGAAGACAUUGCGAAAUUCAACAACCGCAUCCGGCAGAUCCUGAUGUCUUCUGGUUCGACGACAUUCACGAAGAUCGCCAACAAGUGGAACACCACCUUGAUUGCAUUGUUCACAUACUACCGUGAAGCUGCAGUCUCGACCGUUAGCUUGUUGGACACCAUCGUCAAGUGCGAGACCAAGAUCCAGACUCGUGUCAAGAUUGGUCUCAACUCAAAGAUGCCUUCGCGUUUCCCUCCUGCUGUGUUCUACACACCCAAGGAGCUUGGUGGAUUGGGUAUGAUCUCCGGAUCUCACAUCCUGAUCCCUACAAGCGACAAGCGAUGGUCCAAACAGACCGACACUGGCGUCACGCACUACCGCGCCGGUAUGUCUCACGACGAAGAGACUCUCAUUCCCAACAUCUUCCGCUACAUCAUUCCGUGGGAGUCAGAGUUCCGCGACUCUCAGCGCGUGUGGAUGGAGUACUCGCAGAAGCGGCAAGAAGCACAGCAGCAAAACCGCCGAUUGACGCUUGAAGAUUUGGAAGAUAGCUGGGAUCGUGGUCUUCCUCGUAUCAACACACUCUUCCAGAAAGACCGCAGCACACUCAGUUUCGAUAAGGGUUUCCGCGCCAGGACUGAAUUCAAGAUUUACCAGCACAUGAAGAGCAAUCCAUUCUGGUGGACAAGCCAGCGCCACGAUGGAAAGCUUUGGAACCUCAAUGCGUACAGAACAGACGUAAUCCAGGCUCUAGGCGGUGUUGAGACCAUCCUCGAGCACACACUCUUCAAGGCGACGGCUUUCCCGUCCUGGGAGGGUUUGUUCUGGGAGAAGGCAUCAGGUUUCGAAGAGUCAAUGAAGUUCAAGAAGCUCACCAACGCCCAACGUUCCGGUUUGAACCAGAUUCCUAACCGCCGCUUUACCCUCUGGUGGUCACCGACAAUUAACCGGGCCAACGUCUACGUUGGUUUCCAGGUCCAACUCGAUCUGACGGGAAUCUUCUUGCACGGCAAGAUCCCCACGCUCAAGAUCUCGCUGAUCCAGAUCUUCCGCGCCCAUUUGUGGCAGAAGAUCCACGAGUCUGUUGUCAUGGAUCUGUGUCAGGUCUUCGACCAGGAGCUGGAGGCUCUUGGUAUUGAGACUGUGCAGAAGGAGACAAUCCAUCCCCGAAAGUCGUACAAGAUGAACAGCUCGUGCGCUGAUAUUCUGCUCUUUGCUAGCCACAAAUGGAGCGUCUCGCCGCCGUCUAUGCUUUACGACACCAAAGACACGAUGAGCUCCACGACGACGAACAAGUUCUGGGUCGACGUCCAAUUGCGAUACGGAGACUACGACUCUCACGACAUAGAACGAUACGUCCGUGCGAAAUACCUUGACUACACCCAGGACAGCAUGAGUAUCUAUCCUUCAGCGACCGGUCUCAUGAUUGGUAUCGAUCUGGCCUACAAUUUGUACUCGGCCUACGGACAGUACUUCCCCGGUCUUAAGCAGCUCAUCCAGCAAGCUAUGGCCAAGGUCAUGAAGGCCAACCCUGCGCUCUACGUCCUUCGCGAGCGUAUCAGGAAGGGUCUCCAGCUGUACGCUUCCGAGAGCAGCCAAGAGUUCUUGAACUCGCAGAACUACUCUGAGCUGUUCAGCAACCAGAUCCAGCUUUUCAUCGACGAUACGAACGUCUACCGUGUCACCAUCCACAAGACUUUCGAGGGUAACUUGACGACAAAGCCUAUCAACGGUGCUAUCUUCAUCUUCAACCCCCGAACUGGGCAGCUGUUCUUGAAGAUCAUUCACACGAGUGUAUGGGCUGGUCAAAAGCGUCUUGGUCAAUUGGCCAAGUGGAAGACCGCGGAAGAAGUCGCAGCUCUCAUUCGAUCUCUGCCCGUCGAGGAGCAGCCGAAGCAGCUGAUCGUCACCCGUAAAGGUCUGCUGGAUCCCCUCGAGGUCCACCUCCUUGAUUUCCCUAACAUCUCGAUUCGCGCAUCCGAACUUCAGCUGCCGUUCCAGGCGGCCAUGAAGGUCGAGAAGUUGGGUGACAUGAUCCUCCGAGCCACUGGACCUCAGAUGGUGCUUUUCAAUCUGUACGAUGAGUGGCUGAAGACGAUCUCGUCUUAUACCGCCUUCUCGCGUCUGAUUCUCAUCCUGCGUGCGCUGCACGUCAACAUGGACAAGACGAAGCUGCUCUUGCGCCCUGACAAAACAGUCAUCACACAGGAACAUCACAUCUGGCCAUCCCUGUCGGACGAGGAUUGGAUCAAGGUCGAGGUGCAGCUUCGUGAUCUCAUCCUGAACGACUACGGCAAGAAGAACAACGUCAACACAUCAUCGCUGACCAGCAGUGAAGUGCGCGACAUCAUCUUGGGUAUGGAGAUUUCAGCGCCUUCCAUGCAACGUCAGCAGGCUGCCGAGAUCGAUAAGCAGCAGGAAGAGCAGCAACAGUUGACUGCUGUCACCACCAAGACCCAGAACAUCCAUGGUGAGGAGAUGGUUGUCACCACCACUUCACAGUACGAGCAGGCUUCGUUCGCGUCGAAGACCGAAUGGCGCACAAGGGCUGUUGCGACGUCCAACUUGCGUACUCGUGCGAACAACAUAUACAUCAAUUCAGAAGAUGUCAAGGAAGAAGGCCACUUCACCUACGUCAUGCCGAAGAACGUCCUGAAGCGCUUCAUCACUAUCGCAGAUCUGCGUGUUCAGGUCGCCGGCUACCUGUACGGCAAGUCACCACCAGACAAUGACCAGGUCAAGGAAGUCAGCACCAUCGUCAUGAUCCCACAAGUCGGCAACACCCGCGAUGUCCAGUUGCCCAAGCAGCUUCCUCAGCACGAGUACCUCGACGGCCUUGAGCCUCUUGGUAUUAUCCACACCGUCAGCGGUAACGAGCCACCGUACAUGCAGGCCAGUGACGUCACCCAGCACGCACGUCUGAUGAACCAGCAUGCCACUUGGGACAAGAAGACUGUUUCCAUGACCGUCUCCUUCACGCCUGGAUCCGUGUCGCUUGCAGCUUGGGCGCUCACCCCUCAGGGCUACAAGUGGGGCGCUGACAACAAGGACACCAUGUCUGACAACCCGUCUGGCUUCAGCACCUCUUUCGGAGAGAAGUGCCAGCUCCUGCUUUCGGACAAGAUCCGCGGAUACUUCCUUGUGCCGGACAACGGCAUCUGGAAUUACAGUUUCAUGGGCAGCACGUUCGGCGCUGUCGAGAAGAAGCCAGUGCACGUCAAACUCGACACACCGGUCAGGUUCUACGACAGCAUCCACCGACCGCUGCAUUUCCACAACUUCGCUGAGCUGGAGGACGUCUGGGUCGAUCGCGAGAACCAGUUUGAGUAG